AUGCACAAAACCAUCGCGUCUCAACUCCAGGAAGCCUUGCCCACAAUGAAGCUCCUCGAUACAUUUGUCUUGGCUGAGGAUGCGAGGGGUGGUAUAUGGUCAGAGCUACUAGACGCUCUCUCCGCCGUGCCUAGGCCGUUCAAGCUGGUGCUUGACUGCUAUUGGGACCCCGAUGACGACCAGGAUCCGCUCGUUUUGGCACCAAGAACCUGUGAAUUGAAUCUAACCGGCUUUACGUUUCCAUUCCCAAUCGUAUUCGACGAGUCUGGUCGGAAUGUCAGCCGUCGACCACCAGAUGCUUGGGACUCGGAGGUCAAGAAUGUGCGAAGUAUUUUCGCAGCGUCAUCAAGCACCUUGUCAUCGGUGUAUCUUCCUGGGGAACUCUUUCAUGCUAUGCAGGGUCUCAUCUGGGAUGCGCUUACUGAUUUGUGUUUGGAGGGCUUGUGGCCAAUUUUCGAUAAACCCUCGAGCCCAGCUCAACUCGCCGACAACAAACCUAUUACAUCAUCGACAGAGAGUUCUGAAUCAGUUUCGGCACCCGCACCUCCCAUUUCCAAGGCAGACGAAGAAUCCACAGCGCCUUCCAAUCCCUCCACAUCGGCAACAUCAACCUCUGAGUCCGAGUCACCACUAACAACUGGCCCAGUUGGAGGGGCUGCAACUUCGAAUGAAACUGCUAUCGCCGCAGUGGAAUCCCUACCCCCACCUCAUUGCUCUCCCAUUCUCUCAGUCUUAGAAGCGAUGCCAAAUCUCCGUUUCUUGGAUUUGAGAAUGGUCCAUCACGGCGACGACCCACAACCCGUCGGGGCAUUGAUUUGCUCUGCUGAUGGUUCGUCCACUCCUGCCGCUCCGGAUACGUUCCUUCGGCAUGUGAAGCGCUUCCAGGCCACCUCGCUUUCGAUGGAUGACCGCAUUGUCGACUUUCUUCCCCCAACAUUGGAGGUGUUAUCUUUGCCGAUGUUUCCAUAUAUGCUUCAAGGCAACACGCUGCGGGCCGUCCAAUCACCUUCAGGCCUCCUUGCCCAACUCAAAAAAUCUUCCUUUCCAGAGCUCAUUUCGCUCACGCUAUGGUACUCCAUCGCCUCAUUGGAAGAUUUGGAAGAUGAAGAACCGUUACUCGAUUUUCUCUCAACGGCAUUUCCUUCUGUAGAGAUUCUAGAAUUAAGCAGGCGAUGGGAGGCGCGGGUACCAGCGCUCCAAGGCCGUUGGGACGCGCUUCCUGUCGCUAAAAAGCUCGCCUCCAACUUCAAAUGCCUCAAGUCGCUGAUGUUCGACCUCGAUCUGCCCGAGCGAUACGGGCGUCCGCCCGUUAUCCUCGCUAACAGAGAAUUCCGCGAAAUGGUUGUGCGACUGCAUUCGAUGGCCGAAGAGAUUGCCAAUGUGGCGCCAUGGUUGCAGCGGAUUGGACUGUACCGAGAAUUCGGUCAUGACCCACACUUGUUUUGGGAGACGUGGAAUGUGGUCCCUGCUGCUGAUGGGAAGGUUGGACUGGAUAGACCGCCGCCACCAGUGAAUGAUUCAGUUUUCUACUGA